AUGACAGUCCCAGACAAGCACGUCCACGCGCAUGCGCCAAUCGAGACACCACCUCGCGCUCUUUCGCCCGUCCACAAGUUCGGCACGCUCGCAGUACACGCAGGGUCCGAGCAUGACCCAGUCACCGGAGCUGUGAUCGAACCAAUCUCCCUCAGUACCACUUUUGCGCAGUCCUCGGUCGGCAAGCCCAUAGGCGAUCACGAAUACACACGCUCCUCAAACCCAAACAGAUGGAACUUUGAAAAGUGCAUUGCGGCCUUGGAGAAGGCCAAGUACGCGCUCGCGUUCGCGUCAGGAUCGGCAACAACCGCAAUCAUACUACAGAGUCUAGCAGCUGGGAGCCACGUCGUUUCGGUGUCCGAUGUCUAUGGUGGAACACAUAGGUACUUCACACAGGUGGCUUCUGCGCAUGGCGUGCGCGUCACUUUCACACCCAGCAUUGAGCUGGACAUUGAAGAGCUGAUUACGGACGAAACAAAACUGAUAUGGAUCGAAACCCCUUCCAACCCAACCCUAUCGCUGGUGGAUAUCAGAAAUGUCGCGGAUAUCGCACACAGGAGCGGAGUCAUGGUCGUGGUGGACAACACUUUCAUGUCGCCAUACGUUCAAACCCCGCUCGAACGCGGCGCGGACAUUGUAGUGCACAGCGUGACGAAGUACAUCAACGGACACUCAGACGUUCUCAUGGGCGUAGCAGCUUUCAACUCGGACUCCCUCCACGAGCGACUAAAAUUCCUGCAGAAUGCAAUUGGGGCUGUUCCCAGUCCGUUCGAUUGCUGGCUAGCGCACAGGGGAGUCAAGACGCUCCAUCUCCGAGCAAGAGAAGCAAGCAAGAAUGGCGCGGCAGUUGCGAAGGCCUUGGAAGCAAGCCCACACGUUAUCGCGGUCAAUUAUCCAGGUCUGGAUUCGCACAAGCAACGGAAGAUCGCUUUGAAGCAACACCGCGAAGGACUCGGAGGUGGUAUGCUCUCGUUCAGAGUCAAGGGCGGUAAAGCUGCAGCAGAUCGCUUCUGUGAGGCGACUAGGAUCUUUACGUUGGCGGAGAGUCUGGGAGGCAUUGAGGUAAGCACUGAUCAUUCACCUGUACAAGAAGCUUAUCCUGACGUUGCGGUAGUCUUUGGUAGAAGUACCAGCUUCAAUGACUCAUCUAGGCAUACCCAAAGAGCAGCGUGAAUUGGCAGGUGUCUUUGACGAUCUAGUACGAGUCUCCUGCGGUGUAGAAGAUGGUGACGAUCUUGUGGCAGACGUCCUGCAAGCACUGGAGCAAGUCGUCGUACGAGAGCAGAAGGUCACGAACGGCACGUCGAAUGGACACUGA